AUGAGGCCACCGCCCGUCGCCCGCUGCCCCGGGCUUCUACUGCGGAAACCCUGGAGGGGCUUCUUGCCGCUCCUCCUGGCUCUCUUCGUGGGCAUGGGUCAUGCCCAGAGGGACCCAGUGGGGAGAUACGAGCUGGCUGGCAGGGACAUGAAUCGGCUGAGGCGCCCCGGGGGCGGCCACUCCGCGGCGACUGCAGGGAAGGUGUACAGUCUGUUCCGGGAGCAGAACGGGUCCGUCCCGGGCUUGCCGUCCCAGGAGCGGGCCCAGCCGGGCUGGGGGAGCCGCAGAAAUCCCGCCGAGGCUGAGGCUAGGAGGCCGCCCAGCGCGCAACAGCUGCGCGGAGUCCAGCCACCUGCGCAGCAGCGGAGACGCAGCCCCCCGGGCCAGCAGCAGCCCACAGCCUGGUCCCGGGCCGCCCCGGCUCUGCCGCGCCUCCGGACCUCGCAGCGGCCCGGGGCUGCGCCCCCAACCCCGCCGCGAAGGCGGCUUACGGGGAGAAAUGUCUGCGGGGGACAGUGCUGCCCAGGAUGGACGACAGCAAACAGCACCCACCACUGUAUCAAACCCGUUUGCCAGCCGCCAUGCCAGAACAGGGGCUCCUGCAGCCGGCCCCAGCUCUGCGUCUGCCGCUCAGGCUUCCGCGGAGCCCGCUGCGAGGAGGUCAUUCCAGAGGAGGAAUUCGACCCCCAGAACUCCAGGCCAGCACCCCGACGCUCAGCCAGCAGUUCCCCCAAUCUGCGCAGGAGCAGUGCAGCCAGAGAAGGCACCGUGGCUAGAACGCAGCCACUGGCAACACAGCUGCCACUGGCCAGGACUUUGCCCCCAAGUGGGACCCUGAGUAGGCUCAGCCAGACCCGACCCUCCCAGCAGCAGGUGGGGCUGUCCCGGACUGUCCGACGUUACCCGGCUGCUGCUGCCAGUGGUCAGCUGACUUCCAAUGCCCUGCCCGCGGGACCAGUCCUUGAACAGAGGCAUGGCGCCCAGCAGGCAGCAUAUCCGGGCCACCUCUCAUCCUCCUGGGGGCUGAACCUCACGGAGAAAAUUAAGAAGAUCAAGAUUGUCUUCACUCCCACCAUCUGCAAGCAGACCUGUGCCCUUGGGCACUGUGCCAACAGCUGUGAGCGUGGCAACACCACCACCCUGUACAGCCAGGGCGGCCAUGGGCAUGACCCCAAGUCUGGCUUCCGCAUCUAUUUCUGCCAGAUCCCCUGCCUGAACGGAGGCCACUGCAUCGGCAGGGAUGAGUGCUGGUGCCCUGCCAACUCCACCGGCAAGUUCUGCCACCUGCCUAUCCCGAAGCCAGACAAGAAGCCUCCAGAGGGGGUCUCCCACCACAGUACCCUGCUGGAAGCCCCCCUGAAGCAGUCCACCUUCACAUUACCUCUUUCCAACCAGCUCGCCGCCGUGAACCCCUCCGUGGUGAAGGUGCACAUCCGCCAUCCGCCUGAGGCCUCCGUGCAGAUCCAUCAGGUGGCGCGGGUGCGGGGCGGGGCCAAGGAGGCCACAGAGGACAACAGCGUGGAGACCAGGCCCUUGCUCCGGCUCCCCGCCAUCCCCGGCCGCAGCCACUGGGACAGCAACAGCAUCCUCACUCGCUCUGGAGAGCCCGCUCGGCCACCGCCCCCCGCGGCACCCAGGCCCUGGGGACUACUGGGCCGGUGUUACCUGAGUGCUGUGAACGGGCAGUGUGCCAACCCCCUGCUGGAGCUGACGUCCCAAGAGGAUUGCUGUGGCAGCGUGGGAGCCUUCUGGGGGGUGACCUCAUGCUUCCCAUGCCCGCCCAGACCAGCCUCCCCGGUGAUUGAAAAUGGCCAGCUGGAGUGUCCCCAGGGUUACAAGAGACUGAACCUCACUCACUGCCAAGAUAUCAACGAGUGCUUGGUCCUGGGCCUCUGCAAGGACUCGGAGUGCGUGAACACCAGGGGCAGCUACCUCUGCACGUGCAGAUCUGGCCUCAUGCUGGACCCGUCUCGGAGCCGCUGUGUGUCGGACAAAGCUGUCUCCAUGCAGCAGGGACUGUGCUACCGGUCGCUGGGGCCUCACACCUGCACCCUGCCUUUGGUCCAGAGGAUCACCAAACAGAUAUGCUGCUGCAGCCGUGUAGGCAAAGCAUGGGGCCCUGGGUGUGAGAAAUGCCCCCCUCCUGGCACAGAGGCCUUCAGGGAAAUCUGCCCGGCUGGCCAUGGCUACACCUACUCAAGCUCAGACAUCCGCCUGUCCGUGAGGAAAGCUGAGGAGGAGGAACUGGCCAGGCCCUCCAGGGAGCAAAGGCCAAAGAGCAAUGGGACCCUACCUGGGUCAGCGGAGAGGCAGCCACUCCGGGCAGCCACCAGCACCUGGCUCGAGGCUGAGACCAUCCCUGACAAGGGUGACUCUCAGGAUGGCCAGGUCACGACCAGUGUCACCCCUGCACCUAUCUGGGUCCCAGGUGAGGCAACCACGCCACCACUACCCGCACAGGUGAUUACAGAGACCUGGGAAGAACAGCAAGUGACCUCCCUCACCGACGUGCUGGUGACCCUGAGCCCCCCAGUCAUUGAUAGAUGUGCCACGGGAGCCACCAACAUCUGUGGCCCUGGAACCUGCGUGAACCUCCCAGAUGGAUACAGAUGUAUCUGUAGCCCCGGCUACCAGCUACACCCUAGCCAGGCCUACUGCACAGACGACAACGAGUGCCUGAGGGACCCCUGCGGGGGAAAAGGACGCUGCGUCAACCGUGUGGGCUCCUACUCCUGUUUCUGCUACCCUGGCUAUAUGCUGGAUACCUUGGGGGCCACGCAGGAGUGCCAAGAUAUAGACGAGUGUGAACAACCAGAGGCGUGCACCGGGGGGCGGUGCACCAACACCGAGGGUUCAUAUCACUGCGAGUGUGACCAGGGCUACAUCAUGGCCAGGAAGGGACACUGCCAAGAUAUUGAUGAAUGCCGUCACCCUGGCACUUGCCCUGAUGGGAGAUGCGUCAACUCCCCCGGCUCCUACACUUGUCUGGCCUGUGAGGAGGGCUACAGGGGACAAAGCGGGAGCUGUGUAGAUGUGAAUGAGUGUCUGACUCCAGGGGUCUGUGCCCACGGAAGGUGCAUCAACCUGGACGGCUCCUUUAGAUGCUCUUGUGAGCAGGGUUACCAGGUCACCUCAGACGAGAAAGGCUGCCAAGAUGUGGAUGAGUGCGCCAGCCGGGCUGCAUGCCCCACUGGCCUCUGCCUCAACACCGAGGGCUCCUUCGCCUGCUCAGCCUGUGAGAGCGGGUACUGGGUGAACGAAGACGGCACUGCUUGUGAAGACCUAGACGAGUGUGCCUUUCCGGGAGUCUGCCCAUCAGGAGUCUGCACCAACACUGUUGGCUCCUUCUCCUGCAAGGACUGCGAAAGAGGCUACCGGCCCAGCCCUCUGGGCCACACCUGUGAAGAUGUGGAUGAGUGUGAAGACCCCCAGAGCAGCUGCCUGGGAGGCGAGUGCAGGAACGUGGCUGGCUCCUACCAGUGCCUCUGCCCCCAAGGCUUCCAGUUGGCCAACGGCACCGUGUGUGAGGACGUGGACGAGUGUGUGGCAGAGGAGCACUGCGCACCACGCGGCGAAUGCCUCAACAGCCAUGGGUCCUUCUUCUGUCUCUGUGCACCCGGCUUUGCCAGCGCAGCGGGGGGCACGAGCUGCCAGGAUGUGGACGAGUGUGCAGCAACAGACCGGUGUCUGGGAGGACACUGUGUCAACACUGAGGGCUCCUUCAACUGUCUGUGCGAGACUGGCUUCCAGCCCUCCCCAGAGACUGGGGAGUGUGUGGAUAUUGACGAGUGUGAGGACUACAGCCACUCUGUGUGUGGAGCCUGGAAGUGUGAGAACAGCCCUGGCUCCUUCCGCUGUGUCCUGGGCUGCCAGCUGGGCUUCCACAUGACCCCAACUGGAGACUGCAUUGACAUAGACGAGUGUGCCAACAACAGUGUGUGUGGGAGCCACGGCUACUGUGACAACUCCGACGGCUCCUUCCGCUGCCUCUGUGACCAGGGCUUCGAGACCUCGCCCUCGGGCUGGGACUGUGUUGAUGUGAAUGAGUGCGAGCUCAUGCUGGCCGUGUGUGGGGCUGCUUUCUGUGAGAACGUGGAGGGCUCCUUCCUGUGUCUCUGCCCCAGCGACCUUGAAGAGUACGACGCUCAGGAGGGGCGCUGCCGUCCACGGGUGGCUGGAGGUCAGAGUAUCCCUGAGGCCCCGACAGUGGACCACCCCACGGGCCCCAUCCGCAUGGAAUGCUACUCUGGACAGAGGGGCCAGCCUCCCUGCUCGAGAGUCCUGGGCCGGAACACCACGCAGGCCGAGUGCUGCUGCACCCAGGGCGCCAGCUGGGGAGACACCUGUGAGCUCUGCCCAUCUGAGGACUCAGUGGAAUUCAGCGAGAUCUGCCCCAGUGGUAAAGGCUAUAUCCCUGUGGAAGGAGCCUGGAUGUUUGGACAGACUACGUACACAGAUGCUGACGAGUGUGUGAUGUUCGGGCCGGAUCUCUGCCAGAACGGCCGGUGCCUCAACACGGUGCCCGGCUACACCUGCCUGUGCGAUCCAGGCUACAGCUACGAUGCCGCCCGCAAGAAGUGUGAGGAUCACGAUGAGUGCCAGGCCAUGGCCUGUGAGAAUGGCGAGUGUGUGAACACGGAAGGCUCUUUCCACUGCUUCUGCAGCCCACCCCUCAUCCUGGACCCCAGCCGGCAGCGCUGUGUGAACGGCUCCAGCAGCAUGGAUGACCUUCCUGACCAUGAUAUCCACACCGACAUCUGCUGGAAAACAGUCACGAAUUACAUGUGCAGCCAACCCCUGCGUGGGCGCCGCACCACCUACACGGAAUGCUGCUGCCAGGACGGCGAGGCCUGGAGCCAGCAGUGUGCCCUGUGCCCCCCCAGGAGCUCUGAGGUCUAUGCUCAACUGUGCAACGUGGCCCGGAUCGAGGCGGAGCGAGAGGCCGGAGUCCACUUCCGGCCAGGCUAUGAAUAUGGCCCCGGGCCUGAUGACCUGCACUACAGCCUCUAUGGCCCCGACGGGGCCCCCUUCUACAACUACCUGGGCCCUGAGGACAACAUCCCUGAGCCAUCCUUUCCCAACAUGGCCAGCCACCCAGGGGACUACACACCCAUCUUUGAGUCUCCCCUGCAGCCUCCAGAAGCCCAGCCCCGCUAUGUGGCCAGCCAUCCAGAGCACCAGGCCGGCUUCGAAGGGCUUCAGGCAGCGGAGUGCGGCAUCCUGAAUGGCUGUGAGAAUGGCCGCUGUGUGCGUGUGCGGGAGGGCUACACCUGCGACUGCUUCGAGGGCUUCCAGCUGGAUGCGGCGCACAUGGCCUGUGUGGAUGUGAAUGAGUGUGAGGACUUGAACGGGCCUGCCGCGCUCUGUGCCCAUGGCCACUGCGAGAACACAGAGGGCUCCUACCGCUGCCACUGCACCCCAGGUUAUGUGGCCAAGGCAGACCCCCCACACUGCGCUGCCAAGGAGUAG